GGGUUCCUCAGGGUGAGUUUUCUGGCGCUGCCGGAAGUGUCCGGAGAGAGCCGAGCUGAGCGGAGCCUCCUGUGCUGUGUCGCCGGCCUCACCCACUGCGGGCACCAUGGAGCCGGGCGCCUGAGGGCGGAGCGGUGCCCUGCCCCCGACAUGCCAGCCGGGCCCAUCGGCGCAGGUAUUGCUUGCUGUGUAGCAUAGAGGCACUAUGUACUCAGAGUGGAGGUCCCUGCAUCUUGUUGUCCAAAAUGAUCAGGGUCACACGAGUGUACUUCACAGCUAUCCUGAUAACGUGGGGAGAGAGGUGGCAAAUGCAGUGGUGCGUCCUCUUGGGCAAGCCUUAAAUACACCGUCGGCAGCUGGGAGCGAGAGUUUACUAAAAACCGAUAAAGAAGUAAAAUGGACCAUGGAGGUGGUUUGUUAUGGACUGACCCUCCCAUUGGAGGGCGAUACUGUGAAGUAUUGUGUUGAUGUAUAUACUGACUGGAUUAUGGCUCUUGUAUUACCUAAAGACUCCAUUCCUUUACCUGUUAUUAAGGAACCAAAUCUUUAUGUUCAGAGCAUUCUCAAACAUCUACAAAAUCUCUUCGUACCAAGGCACGACCCAGGGUCCAGUCAGAAUAGACUAUGCUUGCAGGUUUUGAAGGCUGUCCAGAAAUUGGCUCGUGAGUCAACCAUCAUGGCUCGAGAAACUUGGGAGGUUUUAUUAUUGUUUCUCCUACAGAUUAAUGACACUCUUCUGGCAGCUCCCACUGUGCAAGGUGGCAUUGCUGAGAAUCUGGCUGAGAAACUGAUUGGUGUGCUCUUUGAAGUGUGGUUGCUAGCUUGCACUCGGUGCUUUCCAACACCCCCUUAUUGGAAAACUGCCAAAGAAAUGGUGGCCAACUGGCGGCAUCACCCUGCUGUAGUGGAGCAGUGGAGCAAGGUUAUCUGUGCCCUUACUUCCAGAUUGCUGCGUUUUACAUAUGGACCUUCAUUUCCUCCAUUUAAAAUUCCUGAUGAAGAUGCCAGUCUGAUUCCUCCUGAAAUGGACAACGAGUGCAUUGCACAGACCUGGUUUCGCUUUUUACAUAUGCUGAGUAAUCCAGUGGAUUUGAGUAACCCAGCCAUUAUAAGCUCUACCCCCAAAUUUCAGGAGCAGUUUCUGAAUGUGAGUGGAAUGACUCAAGAAUUGAAUCAGUAUCCCUGCCUUAAACAUCUGCCUCAUAUAUUCUUUCGUGCCAUGCGUGGGAUCAGCUGUUUAGUGGAUGCGUUCCUAGGAGUUGCAGCCUUUACGAACAGUGGGUGUGAAAGAUUACCCAGAUAUGGCAUUUCACGACCCCGGUCAGACAGUGCUCCCCCCACGCCAGUAAAUAGGUUGAGCAUGCCCCAGAAUACUGCUAUCAACACAACUCCACCUCAUAACCGAAGGCAUCGGGCCGUGACUGUGAAUAAGGCAACAAUGAAAACCAGCACUGUUAGCACUGUUCACACAUCAAAAGUGCAGCACCAGCCGUCGUCCUCCACCUCUCCAUUGUCUAGCCCAAACCAGACUAGUUCUGAGCCUCGACCGCUACCAGCUCCCCGCAGGCCAAAGGUCAACAGCAUCUUGAACCUCUUUGGAUCAUGGUUAUUUGAUGCAGCAUUUGUUCACUGUAAACUUCAUAAUGGAAUAAAUAGAGACAGCAGCAUGACUGCUAUAGCAACCCAAGCUAGCAUGGAGUUUCGUCGGAAAGGAUCACAAAUGUCCACAGACACCAUGACUUCCAAUUCCACAUUUGAUUCAAGUGAAUUUCCUGAUAACUAUGAAGCAGGAAGAGCAGAGGCAUGUGGAACACUAUGUAGGAUAUUUUGUAGCAAGAAGACUGGGGAGGAUAUACUGCCAGCCUACUUAUCCCGAUUUUACAUGCUUUUAAUUCAGGGUUUGCAGAUAGCAGAUUUCAUUUGCCACCCAGUGCUGGCCAGCAUUAUUCUAAACUCUCCUCCCUUGUUCUGCUGCGACCUGAAAGGGAUUGAUGUUGUGGUUCCUUACUUCAUUUCUGCCCUUGAAACGAUUUUACCGGACAGAGAGCUCUCAAAGUUUAAAACCUAUGUAAACCCUACAGAGCUGAGAAGAUCCUCUAUCAAUAUUUUGCUGUCCUUGUUGCCUCUCCCUCAUCAUUUUGGGACCAUAAAAUCUGAGGUUGUCCUGGAAGGAAAAUUCAGCAAUGAUGACAGCUCAUCAUCAUAUGAUAAACCAGUAACCUUCCUGUCCUUGAAGUUGAGGCUUGUGAAUAUACUAAUAGGAGCUUUGCAAACUGAAACAGACCCCAACAACACUCAAAUGAUACUAGGAGCGAUGUUAAAUAUUGUUCAAGACUCAGCACUUUUAGAAGCCAUUGGCUGUCAGAUGGAAACGAAUGGUGGAGAAAAUAACCUUUUGAAAAACCACCGUCGCACUAACAGUGGCAUUAGUACAGCAAGCGGAGGAAGCACGGAGCCCACAACUCCAGAUAGUGAGAGACCAGCACAAGCACUUCUGAGAGAUUAUGCUCUUAAUACAGAUACAGCGGCUGGACUACUGAUUCGCAGUAUUCACCUGGUAACACAAAGACUCAACUCACAGUGGAGACAGGACAUGAGUAUUUCACUAGCUGCAUUAGAGCUUCUUUCUGGAUUGGCAAAGGUGAAGGUGAUUGUUGAUUCAACUGAUAGAAAGCGAGCUAUCAGUUCAGUAUGCAGUUACAUUGUGUACCAGUGCAGCCGUCCAGCUCCACUCCACUCUAGAGAUCUUCACUCCAUGAUCGUUGCAGCAUUUCAGUGUCUCUGUGUCUGGCUCACUGAACAUCCCGACAUGAUGGAUGAGAAGGACUGUUUAAAAGAGGUGUUGGAGAUUGUGGAAUUGGGCAUCUCAGGAAGUAAAUCCAAAAACAGUGAACAAGAGGUCAAGUACAAAGGAGAUAAAGAACCAAAUCCUGCCUCAAUGAGGGUGAAGGAUGCAGCUGAAGCUACAUUAACAUGUAUUAUGCAGUUACUUGGAGCAUUUCCUUCACCCAGUGGCCCUGCCUCUCCUUGCAGCCUGGUGAAUGAAACCACCUUAAUUAAAUACUCCCGUCUACCUACCAUUAACAAACACAGCUUCCGCUACUUUGUCCUUGAUAAUAGUGUCAUCCUAGCAAUGUUGGAGCAGCCUUUAGGGAAUGAGCAAAAUGACUCUUUCCCCUCUGUCACGGUUCUGAUCCGUGGGGUGUCUGGAAGACUUGCGUGGGCCCAGCAACUUUGCCUUUUGCCAAGAGGAGCUAAAGCAAAUCAAAAGAUGUUUUUACCAGAACCUCGACCAGCUCCUAAAAAUGAUGUUGGACUCAAAUACAGUGUGAGACACCGGCCCUUUCCUGAGGAGGUGGACAAGAUCCCCUUUGUGAAAGCUGACCUGAGCAUUCCAGACUUGCAUGAAAUUGUUAAUGAGGAAUUGGAAGAGCGGCAUGAGAAGCUGAGGAAUGGUAUGGCCCAACAGAUCACUUAUGAGACUUCUAUAGAUCAGCAGAGUGAAGAGGAGUGGCGCAAGAAGAGUUUCCCUGACCCAAUCACUGAGUGUAAGCCCCCGCCUCCUGCCCAGGAAUUCCAGACAGCACGCCUCUUUCUCUCGCACUUUGGAUUUCUGUCACUAGAGGCACUGAAGGAAACUGCUAACAGCCGUCUACCUCCUCAUCUGAUUGCACUUGACUCUGCCCUCCCUGGGUUUUUUGAUGACCUUGGUUACUUGGAUCUACUGCCAUGUCGUCCUUUUGAUACAGUUUUCAUUUUCUACAUGAAGGCAGGCCAGAAAACAAGCCAGGAGAUUCUGAAGAAUGUAGAGUCUUCCAGAAAUGUUCAGCCACACUUCCUAGAAUUCUUACUAUCUCUUGGCUGGGCCGUAGAUGUGGGAAAGCACCCUGGUUGGACUGGGCAUGUUUCAACAAGUUGGUCCAUUAACAGUUGCAGUGAUGAAGAAGGACCCGAGCAAGAUGAAAUCAUUUCUUCAGAAGACACCGGAGCGAGCAUAUUCAAUGGGCAGAAGAAGGUUCUGUAUUAUGCUGAUGCCCUUACAGAAAUAGCAUUCGUUGUUCCCUCCCCAGUGGAGUCCUUAACUGAUUCAUUGGAAAGCAAUGUCUCAGACCAAGAAAGUGACUCUAACAUGGAUCUUCUGCCUGGGAUACUAAAGCAGCCAUCUCUGACACUUGAACUCUUCCCCAAUCAUACAGACAAUCUCAGUUCCUCACAGCGGCUCAGUCCUACUUCCAGAUCAAAGAAGUUGCCUCAGGGCCGGACCAUUCCACCAAUGGGACCUGAAACCAAGGUGUCUGUGGUCUGGGUUGAACGUUAUGAUGAUAUAGAAAACUUUCCCCUCUCUGAUCUGGUUUCUGAGACCAGCACUGGUGUAGAAACUACAUCAAAUAGUAGCACUUCCCUAAGGUCAACCACUCCUGAAAGAGAAGUUCCUGUAGUUUUCAUCCAUCCCUUAAACACUGGGUUAUUCAGGAUAAAAGUGCAAGGCGCUACUGGGAAAUUCAACAUGGUCAUCCCCCUGGUGGAUGGAAUGAUAGUUAGUAGGCGAGCUCUUGGUUUCUUAGUGAGACAAACAAUAAUAAAUAUUUGUCGGAGAAAGAGGCUGGAAAGUGAUUCAUACAACCCUCCACAUGUCCGCCGAAAACAGAAAAUAGCUGACAUUGUCAAUAAAUACAGAAACAAGCAGCUGGAGCCAGAGUUUUAUACCUCACUUUUCCAGGAGGUUGGGCUCAAAAACUGCAAUCCCUAGACCAAUAUCCUUCCAGGACAAUUAGAUCAGAGCUUGGUGGCUACAGUAAUUGAAACAGUUAGACAACCAAAAAAACCCAAACCACCCUGCAAAAAAAUCUCCCCGUCAGUCCUCCAGAGUAGAGAGAAAUGACUCAGUGGAUACCAUGCAGGAGGAAUCGGGAAUGAAUAGGCUCUCAACCUUCAACAUCCUAAUAAGACCACAUCUUUGAACACAACUCCAUGUCCCCUCCACAAGAGGAGGCAGAAAUUAUCCCACUUUCACCAUUUAAACAUUUUCCCAUUCUGUUAGAAAAAAUAUAGCAAGUAUGUCUGAGAGAGGCUUGAAUGCGGCCCUGACAGCUUCCUGAGUUCAAAGAAAACUACGGGUUCCAGGCAUAGGUUCAGGAAUGAACAGUUGGGGCUUCCUUCCUCACUGCUCCAGGAGAUUUGGUUCAAGAACUAAUCCUGAGACUAGUUCCUUACAAGACCAGAAAUCAAGAACAUGGUAGCUGGGAUAUUAACUUGCCUUGUCCACUCACCCACCGACAACCAACCACUGCAUUCCACACCAGUCCUCCUGGAUACUCGAAACAUCAUCUCCUAGCACAACCUUCAUUCUCUCCUAAUUACAGGAAGGAACAAAUAAAUAUCUCAUCUAGUGAGAAGGACGCACUGAAUACAGACCUCCAUCUCUGCACAGGGGGAUGGAAAAUGAAAUACAGAUAAACCUGCCCCCC